AUGAUCUUGUCAACGCCUUUCUCCGCGGCGUUUUUACUUCUUUUCACAUGUACAAUAUGGCCACUCGUCCAUGCGCAGAUGUUGGGUGUAUGGGCUGGUGAUAGACGUCUUGAAAGUCGACAGAGUGGUAACAACAACAACAAUAACAAUAACAAUAACAAUAACAAUGGCAAUGGCAAUGGGCAGAAUGGGAAUAAUAAUGGACCCGACACGAGCGCGUUUACAAUAGUGAACGGAAGGGUAUUUACACCAGGACUGGGCAUCAUACUUGCACCUCAGCCUUUCACACCCAUGGGUGGCGAUUUCUUACACAUUGCACUCGAUGUCUCUGGUGAUGGCAAGCUCGCCGUGCCACCACGCAACAUCAAUGAUGCCCUUACUCAGGUCUACAACUUCACUCUCUUCCUCACAAGCGACAGCCUGCAGAAGAACUUUACUAUAUCCAACAUUACCACGCAAACCCCGCCGUUUGCAAACAUACUCGAUCAGGAAUUAGGACAGACAGUGAAACACAUCAACUUUGAAUGGCCAGAAUGCCUCGUAGGCGAUGGCAACGACAACGAAGGAGGAGCAAGAGGAGACUACAACAUCUCCAUCCAUCAAAACUACAAGUUGAACGGGUUUGAUCGAUACACAAUCUUCAACCUCCCCAUAUCAGUCUCCAAUUCCAUAAACCGGUUCCCGGGCGCAGGCCAACUGUCCACCAACCCCAUUCCCGGGCCGCUGAGUGCCAAUGGAGGAAGAAUGCAGUGCGAGAAUAUCCAGAAUCAAAUGGUCGACUUUCAGACUCAGGUUGCGAGUGUCAAUAACCCGCCUGGCCAACCUAUACAAGACAUUCCGAUUGAGACUUCGGGAAGAGGUGAUGGCGGGCAAGUCGGAGGGCCAGGCCAAGACGAUGCAUCAGGUGGCCAGGGUGGGUCGAGUAAUCAAGGAGGAUCCAAUAACCAGGGAGGAUCGCGUGGACAAGGUACAAUCACUCCAUCGCCGGACGGACCACCGCUUGGAGGUGCGGUAAAGAUGACGCCUGGAUCUCUUUCUAUCGUAAUGGUCUGCAUGAUGGGUGUGAUGUUGGUCUUGUUCACAUCUGCCAGUUGGUGA